GAUAUUUACAUUUACUUUUAUUUAGCUUAUUCAAGAAAUGCUACCUGAUUUUAAAGAAAGACAUAUACCUCCAAAAGAUGCUCUGGAUGUAUACAUUGAACAUAGAUUAUUAAUGGAGAGUCGUAAUCGACAUCUUGGAGAACAACGUGAUCCAAGAAAUAAAUAUGCUCCAGAACUUAUGAGACGCUUUGAAGUAUAUUUUAAAGAUUUUGAUACAACAAAAGCAUAUUCUGUAAGAGAUAUAAAAGCUGAUAAAAUUGGAAAAUUAAUUACGGUGCGGGGUAUAGUAACAAGAAGUAGUGAUGUAAUGCCUUUGCUUGUUGUUGCUACAUAUACAUGUGAUCAAUGUGGUGCUGAAACAUUCCAACCAGUUCAAUCUCUUAAAUAUAUGCCAUUACGAGAAUGUCCCAGUGAUGAUUGUCGUAUAAAUAAAUCUGGUGGUGUAUUAGAUAUGCAAACAAGAGGAUCAAAAUUUGUGAAAUUUCAAGAAAUAAAAAUACAAGAACAUAGUGAUCAAGUUCCUGUAGGUCAUAUUCCAAGAGCAUUGACAAUAUACUGCAGAGGUGAAACAACAAGAAAAUGUUUACCUGGAGAUCAUGUACUUAUUACGGGUAUAUUUUUACCUAUUAUAAAAUCUGGUUUUAAUGCUCGAGUGGGUGCAGCUCUUUUGAAUGAAACAUAUUUAGAUGCACAUAGAAUCGUUCGUCUUAUUAAUUCGCAAAGCUCUGAUGAUAAUGACACGAUAUUAAAAGAUGAGGAAUUAUCUUUAUUUAUGGAGGAUGAUUUUUAUGGUAAAUUAGCUCGUUCUAUCGCUCCAGAAAUUUAUGGACUUGAAGAUGUUAAAAAAGCCCUCUUGUUACUCUUAGUUGGUGGUACAGAUAAACACAAAGAUGAUAUUAAAAUUAGAGGUAACAUUAAUAUUUGUUUAAUGGGUGAUCCCGGAGUUGCUAAAUCUCAAUUACUUUCAUUUAUAACAAGAUUGGCACCUCGUUCUCAAUAUACGACAGGCAGAGGAUCUUCCGGAGUAGGUUUAACCGCUUCGGUUAUGAAAGAUCCUUUAACUGGUCAAAUGAUGCUCGAAGGAGGAGCUUUAGUAUUAUCCGAUCAAGGCGUUUGUUGUAUAGAUGAAUUUGAUAAAAUGGCAGAUGCUGAUCGAACUGCUAUUCACGAAGUGAUGGAACAACAAACUAUAUCAAUUGCCAAAGCAGGCAUUACAACUCGUUUGAAUGCAAGAGUUUCAAUAUUAGCCGCAGCAAAUCCUGCUUACGGUAGAUAUAAUCCUAAAAGAACAAUUGAACAGAAUAUUCAGUUACCUGCUGCUUUAUUAUCACGAUUUGAUUUACUGUGGUUAAUUCAGGAUCGAGCAGAUCGUAAUAAUGACUUAAAAAUGGCUCAACAUAUAACUUACGUUCAUCAACAUUGUAUACAACCACCGAUGCAAUCGCAAGCUUUGGAUAUGAAUUUAAUGAGAAGAUAUAUUACUUUAUGUAAAACAAAACAGCCCGUUAUUCCAGAAGAGUUGACCGAUUACAUAGUUGAGUCUUAUGUAGAAAUGAGAAGAGCAGCUCGCAAUGGUGAAGAUAAAACUUUUACAUCUGCGCGUAAUUUACUAGCAUUAUUACGUUUGUCGACUGCAUUGGCACGUUUAAGAUUAUCAGAUAUUGUCGAAAAAGCGGAUAUCAUCGAGGCGAAUAGAUUAAUAGAGAUGUCUAAGCAUUCUAUCAAUUAUUCCGAAAGAUUACUAACAAAUGUCCAACAGAAUCCAAUAAAUCGAAUCUUUCAUCUUAUUAGAGAAUUAGCGGGUGAUAAGAAAACUGUUAAAGUAUCAGAUAUAUUAGAACGAUGUACUAAUAAAGGAUUUAAACCUGAUGAAAUUAACGAUUGUAUUGAAGAAUACGAGGCAUUGAAUGUGUGGCAAGUGAAUCAAACAAGAACACAAAUUACUUUUAUCUAAAUAUUUCGUUUCUCGUAUUUAAUGUAUUGAAUGCAUUAUUUUUUAUACUUUGAUAUGUAAUUUCAAAAGUAUUUUUCUAUAUUUUGACUUAUUAUUAUAAAUAAAUUAUAUAUUUUUUACAUUA